GUCAGUCAUCGUGCAUCUUACAGCACCAUGCAGCUUGCGCCUCAGUCCUUCCCCCGCAUUAUACAUUCUGUCACACCCCUUCUCCCUUGCGCAUGGAGCUAACGAUCUCCUGUUGUUUCUCUCUAGCAAAUAUUCAUGCGACGACAAACUGGCGACCAAGGAUCCUCCUCGAAACCACCCAAACAUCUACGCAAUAAUUCGAGACCCGAGUCCCCGGGCCUAAUGUCGACUGGAGAGGGAGCAGGGAUAGCAGGCCGUCAGAAUUCAGACUUCGAGGGAAAAUCUUCGAAACCGAAUACACCGGGUGGUGAUGUUCCCAAGGAUAAGAGCAAAAGCAAAAACUUCUUCCUCCGCUCCCUCACCCUCCGCGGCCGUUCCAGCUCCUCCAAAUACAACGACUUCGAUUCCGACUCCGAGUUUGGCGGCGACCCCCGCAUGAAUGGCUUCAACGCCCGCGUCUUCAGCCAAGCCGUCGGCUACACACCCCAUCACAAGGAACCGCCGAGGUACAUACGAACAAAGGCAGCAAACAAAAAGGAACGAGACUUUGGACGCGUGUUUCUGGCGCAGGAGUUAGUAGGGACUCGACCGCCGGGGUACAACAAGUACCAAGAGGGGGACAAACAAGAUGGAGGAGCCAAUAAAGGGGAUGCGCCAGCCCAAGGAGGAGAACCCAACGGCCCAGGGCCAACACUAACUGUCUCCGUCGCCAGCGCCAGCGGUCGCAAAGUCGCCAAAACCGGCGGCGCAAUCUGGGCCACCGAGUUCAGUCGCGACGGCAAGUACUUUGCUGCCGCGGGCAAGGACAAUGUAGUCAGGGUAUGGGCGGUAAUCUCCACGCCCGAGGAACGGCGAGCCCGCGAGGAGGAAGAAGCCGCAGCGAACGGAGGGAACGCAACGGGAGAAAGGCUUAGCGCGCCCGUCUUCCGCGACCGACCUUUCCGCGAGUUUGUGGGGCACAGCGGCGAGGUGUUGGAUCUUUCUUGGUCCAAAAACAACUUUUUGCUGAGCUCGUCCAUGGACAAGACUGUGCGGCUUUGGCACAUUUCCAGACAGGAGUGUCUGUGCACGUUCAAGCACAAGGAUUUUGUUACGCGGUUGGCGUUUCAUCCCCGCGAUGACCGCUUUUUCCUGGCGGGCAGUUUGGAUACUAUCCUGCGACUGUGGUCAAUCCCGGAUAAGCAGAUUGCUUUCUCGGCGCAGUGUCCUGACCUCAUAACGGCUGUGGCGUUUUCCCCCGAUGGAAAGACGGCGAUUGCCGGCUUGUUGAACGGCUUGUGUCUGUUUUACGAGACGGAGGGACUGAAGCCGCAGGCGCAGGUGCACGUGCGGAGUUCGAGGGGGAAGAAUGCCAAGGGGAGUAAGAUUACGGGGAUUCAGACGAUAGCAGUGCCGCCGAUGGAUCCGUUGAAGGAGCAGUCGCCUGGGACGGGGGAUGAAGCCCAGGGGGAGGUGAAAGUGCUGAUUACUUCGAAUGAUUCCCGAGUGAGGAUAUAUAAUCUCAGGGAUAAGUCGUUGGAGAUCAAGCUCAAGGGACACGAUAACUCGGUUUCGCAGAUCGCUGCGUCUUUCUCGGACGAUGGGAAAUACGUCAUUUGCGGAUCGGAAGAUAAGAAGGCGUUUAUAUGGGGGUUGAAUGGCGGGCAGCAAAGAGCGGCAUACAUCGACAAGGAAAAGUCACCAUACGAAUACUUUGAGGCUCAUGGGGAGAUGGUCACCACUGCUGUUUUUGCGCCUACCAAGACGAGGAUGUUGCUGGGACGGAGCGAAGAUCCCAUUUACGAUCUUUGUAAUCCACCACCUGUUGUGUUGAGGAGUGCGGGGGAGGAGGCGGCGACUGCUAGUGCGCAUAGUGCUGCUGCUAGUCAGACUGAGUUGAGUUCGGAGGACCAUCAUCAGCCAGCACCACCACCACCGCCGCCGAUUGUGCCAACGUCGGCACCGAUUCAGAGACCGGAACCAAGCCCGGCGUAUAUCGCGAGGUCGACGCAUUAUGAUGGGAAUAUCAUUGUCACGACAGAUGAUACUGGUAUCAUCAAGGUGUUUCGACAGGACUGCGCUUAUACCAAGCGCAAGCACGACUCCUGGGAGACUGGCUCGACUUUCUCUCGCAAGCUGACCUCCCACGGCGGUAGCUUGUACAACGGAAGACUGGGACGGAGCAUUAGCGUGUACUCUCGGACUUCCGCGGGCACAGGUAGCGCCGCUCAUUCAAGAAGGGGGUCGAUGUCCGGGAAUAUUGCGCCAUACAUGGUUACUUCACCCGUAUCUCACGCCUCGGCCCUGAACCAGGCCGUCAACGCAGGCAGCGAUAGGAUUCUCAGUUGGAGGAUGGGCAUCGAAAACGGUGCUGAUGCCGGCGGGAACGGUCUCGCUGGACCACGCCCCGGCCAAGUCGGAACCGCACCUGGUAACAGAUCAUCAGCCAUCGUGAACGGCAGCAACAGGUGGUCAGGCGUCCAAACCCCAACCCACAGCGACCGCUCUCUGAGCCCCGUCCGCGGCGGCCCUACCUCUUCUGUCCCCGUGGGGGCAGGUAACAGAGCUUCCAUGCCAGCAGCUGUUUCGGUUCCUAGCACUCCCAACCGUAACGUCAAUAUCAACGGAACGUCUACCCCCAAGCACGGCACCCCCAACGGCGCCACGAACGGAUACCCGCACGGGCACUCCCACCUCGCUACGCACACUGAAGCCAGCAACAACUUGCUGGAGUCGCCCGCCAACCUGACUCCGUUGUAUAGGGUUAAUACGAUGGGCACGGGAACGGAACUGGGGAGUCCGACGAGGUCAGUGCCGAUGGAUAUCACGCCUGAGAGGAACAGGCAGGCUAGGGAGAGGGAGGAGAGGGAGGGGAGGCCGGGUAGUCCGCCUGCGCCUGGGUUUUCCUUUAGGCCAGCUAGGGCGGGGACGGGGACUGGUGAGGAACGUCGCGGAAGCGGGCCACAGGACAGUGACCAGCAUGAUGGCUCCAAUGGUGGUCAUGGCAACGGUAGUGGCAACAGCGGCAGUGGAGGUAUCUCGUUCUGGAAUCCGUUGAAGGGCAUGGGGUGGAAGGUCGGUAUACCCGGUUUCGGCAAAAACUCGACGCCCUCUCAUUCCAGUGGACAACGGCCAGGUAGUUCCGGUCUAGACAAGGAAGGUGCCAGUGGCAAGGGACACAACCGGAGCAUGAGCGCCGGCGUCAACCUGAAGGCACAUAUCCCGUCACCGCUGGCGGCAGAGGAGGGAGAGGGAUCCUACGGGGUAUCACCCGGUAUCACACCCUGGGACGUCCCGCUGAGUUCCUCGGUUCAGACCCAGUCCAGCGCCAGCGGUGGUCAUGGACGCCGCAAGAGUCUAGGCGUGUUCACCACCAUUACUGGCGGGAAUAAGGGUGAGAGGGAGAAGGUUGAUAAGAUGGACCGGGAAGUGACGAGAAGGUCAUUACCUGUUGGACCGCUGCUCGCUACCACCGAUGAAGACGACGAUCUCAACGGGUCGGCUAACGGCCACUCGGACUACGUAAACGGAAACGGGCACACCCGCUCCCAAUCCAGCUCCACCAUCACCGGACUACAAGGUCUCCAACGUCCGCCGCUCAUAGUCCCUACCAUAAUCAACACCCGCCCUAGUGGGGACGAGGAAGAUAGGCCGGAGUUGGAGGUGUUGCAGCAGCACCAGAGAGACGUAGAAAUGGAGAGGGAGAAGGGGCUGCUUGAAAGAGAGAGGGAGCUCCAAAGAGAGAGGGAAAGAAGCAAGGAAAGGGAGAAGCAACAAAUGGAGAGAAGUAAGGAGAGGCAGAGGAUGAGUUAUCCGAGAAUGAGUUGGAGCAGGCUUGGGAUGGGAGGGUUGGCGGGGAGCAGCAGGGGGAGGGCGAAUAGUGAUAUUGCUGAGAGGGAGGAGGAGGAGUAGGAGUAGGCGGUAGUGGAG